AUGUCCCGAGAAGACAGCAACCAGGACGGCGACUGCGACCGCCGCCGCCAGUUCUUCCGCGCAACGAGGCCGUCAACGCCACCUCUGACCACCAACACGACAGAAACCACCACCGCGGACACAGGCGCGCCCGAGCCGGCGACGAUAUGGACAACGGUACCCAUGGCACAGGUCAUGACCAUGGAGCCCUUCUGCGUCAACGCGGCAGAUCCCGACCAGGGCGUUGGCAACCACUGCGUGUGCAAGAACGGCGCCACCCUGACCCCCAUCCCCUACUCCACCGGCAAGAACCUGUCCGACUACCAGCCCUGCGCGUACACUACGGUCGACGUCGCAAACACUACCAGCGUCGCCGCUGUCAAUGCGACCGUCACCGCCGCCGCCAACGGCUCGGCUGUCCUCGUCACCCCCGGGCCGCGGGCAUGGGUGCGCGAUUUUGCCGUUGUUGAGACGCUCAGGGGGUGGGAGUCGGCGGUAUAA